AAGUGACACGUUUCAUUAACACAAGAUUUCAAUUAAAAUUCCAAUCUAAUUGAUUGAUUACAUAUUUUUAAUACUUACUCCAUUACUUGUAGUAAAUAUUAUUAAUAACAAAAUUAUUGAAAAAUGAAUAAAAAUGAAUUUGUAAUUCCGAUAAUUGCCAGGAGAUCACUGUGCUGUGUAGUAUGUAGUGUAGAUUGCAAUGAUGUUAAAUGUUUAUCAUCCGCUAAAUCAUCUUGGCAUUGGCAAAAAUUAAAAUGCAGAUUGAUGAUUUACUUGCUGAAAGAUGAUUUUAUAAUUGGAUCUCCCAUUCCUAGAAACGAAAAAUCUUUCUAUAUUAUUGUAACAAAUGAGUUUUAUAGAAGCGAGUCUUUAACUGCAACCAUCAAAAAAUUAAAUCUCCAUGCUUCAGAACCACAGCCAGUAACAGCUCGAGCAUACAUCACCUGCAUAAGAUACACUGUUAAUUUUUACUUAUCACCAGAAUGGAAUAAAGUUUCAACACUUUACUUUGAAGGUGAUGAUUUUUGGAAGAAAACUGAACAUUGCACAGCUGUACAGGCUGAUAUUAAUUUAAUUACUCCCGAAGGAUCAGAUAUUGAUAAAAUUUGUGUUGUAGUAAAUCCUAUGAAAGCUAAAUUAUUCCCAUUGAGACUUUUUGAUCUUUGUAUUCCUCAUUCAGUUAUAUCAGAUUUUAUGGCUGAUCCAAAUGGAAUUAUUGACGUAACUCUUUUUGGUAACAGCAGAGUUCCUGUAUUGCCAAGUAUGAAGCUUGGAAAAGUUCUCAGAGUAUUGAAAAAUAUUCCAUUGUCAUGUCCGUACAGUAAUUGGAUUGAGAUGAGACGUUUUUGGAAAAAUAUGUAUGGAUACAGAUUACCAAAAACAGCUGAUGGAAUUAUAUUUUAUGACAUUCAGUUUCCAUCACUUAAACCGAAUGAUCGGUUUGUUUAUCCUGAUAUUUGUGUAAGAGAUGGUAUAGAUCAGACUCCUCUGCGCGAAGAUACUGAAGCGAUAGUUCAGAGAUUCAUGAUUAAUUUAAGACAGACUAUUCCUAAAAUUUGUGUUGAAACGGCUGAUAAAUUUAGUGAUCAAAGUUCAACUCAAGUCCAAAAAGUUAUUAACGCUUCAGUGGAAAUAAAAACUCCAGUUAACCAGCCGGAAUCUAAAAAUUUGAUAGGAUCUAGUAAACUUUCUGUUCCAACUUUGUUAAAAAACUUCAAUAUACCAUCAACUUCAACGGCUGGUAUAGAAUCGGGUUCUGAUAUUAUGUACCAAGUACCCGAAUCAGUAAAAAUAGAAAGCAACAGACAACUGACGACUUCAAUGUCUCCAACAAAAAGCCUUCUUGGUAAAAGACUUGGCACGCAAACAUUAAAUUCAGAUAAUUUUAAUAAAAUUAAACAAAUUCAUCAACCACAAAAUCCGCACAAAAAACCUCACAUUAACAUUUUUAAAAAUGCUUCAAAAUUUUUUGCUAAUGAUUCAACAGAAUCACCACCACCACAAGCUUCAAGUAUUUUUUCACCUUUUGUACAUCCAAAAAACUUAAGAAAUUCUAUAACUGUUACUCGCAAUAAAAUUUCAUCAAAUGCUAAUCAAGUAACAAAAGUUUCCAUUGAAAAUUUUACAGAUAAAAAACCGAAAAUAAAAGAUGAAGAAAAUAUUAUUCCGCCAAUGAAAAUUAGAAAAAAAUAAUUUCCGUAUUUUAUUAAUAAAUAAAUUAUUUAGGUUAUAAAUAAAUACAUGGAAAU